AUGAACCUGAAGAAGUACCUGGUGCGGGCUCUGCACCGCCUGCAGAAGGGCCCUGGCUACACCUACAAGGAGCUGCUGGUCUGGUACUGUGACAACACCAACACCCACGGCCCCAAGCGCAUCAUCAAGGAGGGGCCAAAGAAGAAAUUAAUCUGGUUCUUCCUAACGCUGCUCUUUGCAUCCCUGGUGUUCUGGCAGUGGGGGAUCCUCAUCAACACCUACCUCUCCUACAACGUCACCUCCUCUCUCUCCAUUGGCUUUAAGACCAUGAAGUUCCCUGCAGUCACUGUCUGCAAUGCCAACCCUUUCAAGUACUCGGAGGUGAAGCCCCUGCUGAAGGAGCUGGACAGGCUCAUCGAGGCAGCCCUGGAGAGGAUCCUGCAGCCAGAGAACAGCAGUGACAUCGUGUCCCCACCCCUCGACCUGGAGCUCUGGAACCAGAUCCCCCUGGUCCUCAUCGACGAGCACGACAAAGACAAUCCCAUCAUCCUGGACAUCUUUGAGACCAACCAGACUGCAGUGGGCAACGAGAGGGGCAUGGACAAUGAAACCAGACCACCCACACCUGGUGUGGGGAACCACACCACUGCUCCACCUGCCCCAGCCAACAGCACGGUGGAGGAGAAGAAGUACAAGCUGGCAGUGAAGCUGUGCAGCCACCAGGGCUCUGACAACUGCACGUACAGGAACUUCAGCAGCGCGGCGCAGGCGGUGACCGAGUGGUACGUGCUGCAGGCCACCUCCAUCCUCUCCAAGGUGCCUCUGCACGACAGGAUCAGGAUGGGCUACCAGGCAGAGGACAUGAUCCUGGCCUGUCUCUAUGGGGCUGAACCCUGCAACUACAAGAAUUUCACCCAAAUCUACCACCCAGACCAUGGGAACUGCUACAUCUUUAACUGGGGCAUGGAGGAAGAGGCUCUGAAUUCUUCCAACCCCGGGGCUGAGUUUGGGCUGAAGCUGAUUCUGGACAUCAGCCAGCAGGACUACAUUCCCUACCUGUCCUCUGCUGCUGGGGCCAGGCUCAUGCUGCAUCAGCAGAAGAGCUUCCCCUUCCUCAAGGAUCAGGGCAUCUACGCCAUGGCUGGGACAGAAACCUCCAUUGGAGUGCUGGUGGAUGAGCUGGAGAGGAUGGGUUACCCCUACAGUGACUGCACCAUGAACGGCUCUGAUGUCCCUGUCAAAAACCUCUACAGCCAGUACAACACCUCCUACUCCAUACAGGCUUGCCUGCGCUCCUGUUUCCAGAACCACAUGGUGGAGAUCUGUGGCUGUGGGCAUUACAUGUUCCCUCUGCCUGAAGGGGUGAAUUACUGCAAUAAUGAGGAUUACCCAGGCUGGGCAUAUUGCUAUUCCUCACUAACAUCCAGCAUAAAGCAACGUCAGAUCUGCAUUGACUCCUGCAAAGAAACGUGCAAUGACACCCAGUACAAAAUGACCAUCUCCAUGGCAGACUGGCCAUCAGAAGCCUCUCAGGACUGGAUUUUCCAUAUUCUGUCUUACGAAAGGGAUAUGUCAACAAAUGUGACUCUGGACAGGAACGGCAUCAUCAAGCUGAACAUUUACUUCCAGGAGUACAACUACCGCACCAUCUCGGAGUCAGCUGCCACCACGAUCGUUUGGCUGCUGUCGAGCCUGGGAGGCCAGUUUGGCUUCUGGAUGGGGGGCUCGGUGCUGUGCCUCGUUGAGUUUGGGGAGAUCAUCAUCGACUCUCUGUGGAUCACCAUCAUCCACCUGAUCAGCUGGUGCAAGGGUCUGCAGCAGCGGCGGGCACGGGCUCGCUACCCAGACGUGCCCCCGACCGUGUCAGAGCUGGUGGAGGCUCACACCAACCUGGGCUUCCAGCCCAACCUGGGCUUCCAGCAUCACGAUGGGGGAGCAGGGCCCGGGGCUCAGGCACUGCCCCCCGAGCCUGGCACGCCCCCCCCCAACUACGACUCCCUGCGGGUGCAGCCCCUGGACACCCUGGGCCCCGACAGUGACACGGACACCGAGUGA